AUGAGUAAAGAGAUCAAGGAGAGAUGGAAAUUAAAUAAUUACGUAAGUUGACAAUACCAAAAAUUAGGCCUAGGGAUAUUAUAAGUAAGAAAAGGGGGCUUAAGUUUAGUAGGUUUAGCCGUAGAGCUUUAGUAGUUUUAGACUUAAGUAUAUUGUGAUCAGACUUAAUAGGCUUAGUGUUAAAGUAGGUAUAUUGUGACUAAACUUAAUAGGCUUAGUGUUACAGCAAGUAUAUUGUGAUUAAACUUAAUAGGCUUUGUUUUACAGUAGGUAUAUUAUGAACAAACUUAAUAGGCUUAGUUUUCAAGUUGUAGUUAAUUCGAAUAAACUAACACUUAACAUCUUUUAGAUAUGGCAAGAAGUUGUGAAUGUAAUACCGGAUAUUGAUACAAUUGCUGCAUUAGCAACUGUCAACAAGUAUUUCUAUAAAAUUGUUGGCAUUGACUUUAAGACUCGUUGUAUUCAAAACGGUAUCUAUCGAUUGCCAAGAGAACUAUGGUCUGAGGCCUUUUCACAGUAAGUUUUACAACCUUUUUAAACUAAAUGUUUUAUAUUUUCAUAUUAUAUCUUGAUUUUUUACAUUAUGCAUAGUUAAUUUUAUUUAUAUUUUUUAGUGUUUGUCGACGGUUUGACAACCACUACUACAAUUUGUUUGCCUCACCGAGGCUUAGCCAGAACACGAGUCGGAUAUCGGCAAUAUUGAACAAUGAGGUCAUUGUCACUACAAUCGAUUUUAAUCGCCAUUUCAUUCAGACUUUCAAAAUAAGGGGUUAUGCAUAUCACCUAAAGUUGUACAACAAAGGAACAAGGUUCAUAUUACGGGUGAGUUUAAAGUGUUUAAUGGUUGUCUAUUGUGUUUGUUUCUACAUGGUUUGCUUCUUAGUUCUAGUAGGUUUAGGCACGGUAUGCUUAUAUUCCCUAGACUGACGCUUAGUAGGCUUAAGCUUUUUGGUCUUAGCGCAGAUUUGUUAGGCUUGAGCUCUUAGAGAUGCAUUUUAGGCAUAUAUAAUCUGUACGCUCUGUUACUUUUGUAUAUGUUAUUUUUAUAAUUUAAUGUGUAUGCCCUGUUCCUUUUGUAUAUGUUAUGUUAUUUUUAUAAUUUAAUGUGUAUGCCCUGUUCCUUUUGUAUAUGUUAUGUUAUUUUAUAAUUUAGCCUGCUUUUGAUGGCUUUCUGCGUGUCUAUGAUGUGGAGUCCCGAAAACUACUAUGGGAGCAUCCGAUAGAUUAUUUGGAGAAAAAGCGUCGUAUCUGCAUUAUGUCCGACUUUUGUAUUUAUGACAAACGUACCAAAGAAGUCUAUGAUCCAUACGCCUUAAAAGCGCACAAGAUUGACAUCAAAGACGUUGUUGGGUUUAAGUGUGCAUACAAUGACUAUCACGACUACUACUUUUCAUUUCAUGUGAAACCGUUUGAUGCAGAACGUGAAGUAGUAGUGAUGAAUGUGAGGACAAAAAAGUUAUCUUGCUUUCCGGUACAACAUGUUUUUUGUGAUGAAAUUAGUCGUGGAAAUUGCGACGACAAAGUAAUGCCUGCUACAGAAUGCGUAUUAAUUUUUGAUAGUAAGUUUUUGUGGCACUAUUAUUUGUAAACAAACUUCUUAGCUAUUUUUUGUAAUGCUCAAUUAAAAAAAUUAGCAGAGCCGGACAGUUACCAGUCUUUCCCGAAAAAAAUGUUACAAAACUGCACGGUACAGUGGAAUAAAAAGGGUGCGAUUUUUGCCAGAGACUGCACCGUGCAGCUGUAGCACUCUGCGGAGAGACUGAUAAUUUUAAUGUUUUAAAGUUCUUGGUAUUUGAACAAGAGGUACCAUGCUCGGUUUUUUUAAAAAUUUUAUUUACGCCGCUUGGCUUUGGUUAUCAAAAAGUGGUUAUCUUUACUAUUUUCAGAUGUGACAAACGACGUUAAAAUCUACGACAUUCCAAGCGAAACUCUAAAACACAAUUUCCACUUUGAAACAACUUAUACUAAUACUUUGUUUCUAAAUGAAACAAUGUUUGUUUCUACACAAUAA